AUGAAAGGAGGAGGAGGAGGAGGGAAACGACGGUGGAGAUUUCUGGUGAUUGGAGUGUUGGUUCUUAUCAUAUUAUCUACGCUUGUUCCUCUCGCGUUUUUGCUCGGCCUUCACAACGGCUUUCACUCUCCUGGAUUCGUCACUGUUCAACCGGCUUCUCCUUUUGAUAGCUUUAGCAGAAUCAAUGCUACCAGAAAUUCACAGAGAGAUCUAUCUGUCAGAGUCCAUGAGGUUCUCCAUAGAUUCACUCCUGUGAUUCCAAAGAAAAGCGACAUAAACAUGGUUGCCAGAGAUACGAAUAGGACAAGCACUAGUCAUUCUAAAAAAAGAGGAGUACCAGUGUCCCCAGCUAUUGUUGCCAAAUCAAGCCCUGCAAAUAAAACAAAAACCGAAGCCUCGUACAAAGGUGUUCAGGUGAACAAAGUAAAUGCCUCGUACAAAGGUGUUCAGGGGGCGAUAGUAAGUGCUGAUGAAACGCAGAGAACUUGUCAACUGAAAUAUGGAAGCUACUGCCUCUGGAGAGAGGAAAAUAAGGAACCCUUGAAAGAUGCUAAGGUGAAGCACAUGAAGGACCUCCUGUUUGUGGCUCGGGCAUACUAUCCAAGUAUUGCUAAAAUGCCUUCCCAAAGCAAGUUGACUCGGGAUAUGAAACAGAAUAUCCAAGAGUUUGAGCGUAUUCUUAGUGAAGGUUCAGCAGAUGCUGACCUCCCAACACAGGUUGAUAAAAAGUUUCAGAAGAUGGAAGCUGUAAUUUCAAAGGCAAAGUCUUUUCCAGUUGACUGUAACAAUGUUGACAAGAAAUUGAGACAGAUCCUGGAUUUGACUGAGGAUGAAGCUAGUUUUCACAUGAAACAAAGUGUGUUCCUCUACCAGCUUGCAGUACAGACAAUGCCUAAGAGUCUUCACUGCUUGUCAAUGAGACUAACUGUAGAGUAUUUCAAGUCAUCUACAGUUGAAGUCGAGGAUACUGAGAAAUUUUCAGAUCCCUCAUUGCUUCACUUUGUUAUUAUCUCCGACAAUAUACUUGCAUCUUCCGUUGUGAUCAACUCAACGGCUUUACACGCAAGGGAAAGUAAAAACUUUGUUUUCCAUGUACUAACAGACGAGCAGAAUUACUUUGCGAUGAAACAAUGGUUUAUUAGGAAUCCCUGCAAACAAGCAGCUAUUCAAGUGUUGAACAUUGAAAAACUCGAGCUGGACAAUUCUGCUAUGAAGAAGCUGUCUUUGCCUGCGGAGUUCCGUGUCUCCUUCACCAGUGGUGACAAUUUGGCGUCACAAGGGAAUAGAACAUACUACUUAUCACUUUUCUCUCAAUCUCACUAUCUCCUUCCAAAGAUAUUUCGCAAGUUGAAAAAGGUUGUGGUUCUGGAUCAUGACGUUGUAGUCCAGCGAGACUUAUCUCCUCUUUGGGAGCUUGAUAUGAAAGGAAAAGUGAAUGGCGCAGUGAAGACGUGCUCUGUGAGAUUAGGCCAGCUAAAGAGUCUCAAGAAAGGAAGUUUGGUUGAUGCUAAUACUUGUCUCUGGAUGUCUGGAUUGAAUGUCAUUGAUCUUACUAAAUGGAGGGAAUUAGGAGUUUCAGAAACCUACCUGAAAUUUUACAAACAGCAGAUGAGUGGUGGAGGUGAGUCAAGAGAAGCAAUCGCAUUGCAAGCAACUCUUCUUACGUUCCAAGACAAAGUUUAUGCCCUUGACGACAAAUGGGCUGUAUCAGGGCUUGGUUAUGACUACUACAUCAACACCCAAGCGAUAAAAAACGCAGCAACAUUGCACUACAAUGGGAACAUGAAGCCGUGGCUAGAACUGGGAAUCCCACAGUACAAAAACUAUUGGAGAAAGCAUCUGAAUCGGGAAGAUAGAUUCUUGAGUGACUGUAACGUGAAUCCCUGA